AUGCUUCGUUUAAUUUCCGUAAAGUUGCCCCAACAAUUAAGGCGCAGAGCUUCACCAAUCUGCCAUGGCCACUUGUUCUCAACCUACUCUCUCAAGCCCAUCUCAGACCCCCCUAAUUCCACAGACCCAAAAUCUCUUACAGUUUCCUUCCUCCGAGACUCGUGUGGGUUGUCCUUAGAAUUGGCCACUUCAGCUUCCAAGAAGCUCAACAUUGAGAAUGUAGAGAACCCCAACUCCGUUCUGAAUCUGUUGAGAACUCACGGUUUGACGCAGAACCACAUCAUACACUUAAUUAGUAGUCGUCCAUUAUUGCUUUCGGCCGAUUUAGGCAAUACCCUUAAGCCCAACAUGGAGUUGUUUAAAUCCUUAGGGUUCUCUGGCGCUAACCUCGCCAAAAUGCUCACCAAAUACCCAAAUUUGCUAGAAAGUGAUGCAUACACUGCUGUUGAGUUUUUUAGAGCACAUGGUUUUAGUGAUAAGCAAAUAAAAACUUUGACUAUGAAGUGUCCUGAACUUUAUGUGUAUAAUGCUCAAAUGAUUCUUCAGCCAAAGUUGGAGUUUUUCAAAUCGUUAGGUCUAUCAGAUCUUGAAAUUACAAAGCUUUUAUCCGUAGAGCCGUAUAUUCUAACAAGGAGCCUCGAAAAACAAAUCAUUCCGUGCAUUCAAGAGCUUAGGCGGUUUCUCGGAACUGACGAGAAUGUCUUAAAGGCUAUAAGGAGAUGUUACGGAGUAAUUCAAUCAGACGUGGUGCAUAUAUUACAGCCCAACAUCAAUAAGUUGAUAAGCCAUGGUGUUCCCCAGUCAUUAGUUUUGAAACUCUUCUUUAUAAGACCAUUGUCACUAAAUAGCAUCUGUGGCAAUCGGUUUAGUGAGAUAGUUAAUGAAGUUAUGAAAUUGGGUUUUGAUCCCAAUUGUUUGAAAUUUGUUCUAGCCAUCGUGUCCAUGUCAAUAAAUAGUAAAACAUUGUGGGAGCAGAAGGUGGAAGCUUUUAGAAGUUUUGGUUUGUCAGACGAUGAGAUUUGUUCCGCAUUCAAGCGGCAACCCUUGUGUAUGGCUAUUUCGGAGAAGAAGAUCAAGAAAAUGAUGGGUUUCUUUGUGAACAAACUGAAGAUGAAGCCUUCCAUGAUCUCCAAGAGUCCGAUUCUUCUCCUGCACAGCAUGGAGAAGCGGAUUGUUCCGAGGUGUUCAGUUCUACAAGUUUUGAUGUUGAAGGGGUUGAUCAAGGACAAUAUUAGCAUCCUUUAUAUGGUCACAAUGGCCGAGAAGAAAUUCAUGGUGAAAUUUGUGAGCAAGUAUCAAAAUGAGGUUCCUGAUGUUAUUAGAGCGCACCAAGGGAAGAUAGAAUUUCAAGGGCUCCCCAUAGCCAUGGAGUUGUGA